AUGAUUGGCUUUUCGAAUGUUUUCAAUUCUAUACAUGUACCGAUGAUUCCGAAAGGAUGCCUAAAAGCCGAAUUCGAUUCGACAUAUCCGGUGCAUCUGAACGGUAUUAUCAAUCAAGAUGAGUAUCAUCAAUCAAUUCAAAAUAUUAAUCGAGCAGUAUCUUCGAAUAAAACUGCACUUAUAAUCUAUUCACUUAUUUUUGCAUUCGGUAUAAUUGGUGGUAUGAUAUGCUUUAUCAUUGCUGGCGUAAGGGCGAUUAACACACCACAUUCUACAUUUACAAUUUUGAUUUCGGUUGGAUUUCUUUUAACCUUCAUCAGCUCGAUUGUAUUCAGUAUUGGAAUAUUUCUCAUCCAUUCCAAACGUACGAAUAAGCUACGGCAAAUAAUUGCACAAGAAUCGGCAAAAUAUUCGUCUAGAUCGCCCGUUCCUUGCAGUUGGCGAUUGAACAUUGUCAGUACUUGGAAUAGAGGAUUUGCUUAUCAUCGGAAUGGACAAUCUACUUAUGACUUGAUUAUUGAUAUUGGCAACUAUGUUAAUCCUCACAACGGAAGUACAGUGCAUUACUCCAAUCCUAUGGCGUCACAGCCAACGAUUGGAUUUGGAAUAAGUGAUCAUUACACACCACCGCCAUAUUCGGCCCAACGUACAAUGGAAGUUUGCUCCCAAUGUGGUACAGUAAGACAAGAUCUAACAAAUAAAGGAUGUUCAGCAUGCGGGCAACUGUUUAAUUCGUAA